AUGCCCAAGAGAGCCAAACCUCGGUCUACGGAUGUCUCUCUGAGUUAUCUCAACAAUGUCAACGCAGAACCCAAGAGACGCCGCACAGUUAAUGAACCCACCAUUUACGAUUUCCCAACCUCGCCGGAACAACCUCGAGACACGCGAAAGGUUCGACACACCCGGCUCAGCGAGCCAGCGACGCGCUUUAGGAAUCUAAGGAAUCGCCAAAAGGGCGUUGAUCCAUCGCAACAAAGCGCGACCCUUCGUAGCCCUUCCAACGAAGAACAAGAGUCACCCAACGACGCGCAGUCCGAGGCCGACGACAAUCAAUCUGCCGAGUCUGAAAAUAUUGAUGAAUCUACGGGGUCACAUAGAACCAAAAACGAGACGGAAAACAUUGGCGAACAUCAGGCAGACGACAGCGACGAGAGGCAGCCCACUUCACCCGCGCCUGCCAUCCAUUCCACCAUUGAAGGCCUCUUCCUACCCAAAGGCGCCCAGGAGGAAGGUCAGGAGCCUGGAAAUGGCGGGUUUGUAUCUAUCAAUGGCCCGCGGCGCGUAAGUUCUCGGAACUCCCGCUCUCGACCCCGUGCUAGCGACCUCUUCCCAGCAAAAUUACCCGAGAAGACCGGGGCGCAGAAUGACGGAGAUGAAAAUAGUUCACCUGUCUCUGUGGAUGGGUAUUCCCAUGGAAAUCAAGGCGGCAGCGAGUCUGUUGAGUCCGAUAUUAGCGAAGAAAUCGUGAAGGAACGGCCGGACAGUGACAAAAAU